CGAUAUCCGCGAUUUUCAUCCGAAGCACGAGACAGACUUUGACGGCAAGGCAGUGUAUGUUGUGCACUGGGUGGACAAUGUAGACAGCGACAACACGGGUGAUUAUACAGCGCAGAUACUUCGACUUGGUGGUAAGUGCAUUCAUCUACCCUGAUCGAUGAGUUAAUCUAAUAUCCGCACCUGCACUUUCAGCCACAGAGAAAGAAGCUCGCGAAUCGCCGAAAAGAAUCCCGAUCCCUAAAAUGAUGGUUCAUCAAAACUUGGACGAUGACGAAGCUGUGGCCAAGAAGGCCACUGCAGCAAGAAACAAAAGAACAGCUUUCAACCGGGCUGCAGCAAAGAAAGACCGGUACGAGCAGAGUCUGAAAAAACAGAUGAGCCACGCUCUCUGAAAAAACUCGGAACAAACUCAAAAAAGGCGACAAAGUUCAUCAUCAAGCUCAGAUGACUCUCUCGUAUCCAGCUCAGAAGUAAAAGAAGAAAAGAAAAAAACCAACUUUGGAAAGAGAGAUGCAAGGAGCUGCGACAGGAUAAUAUGUUCCUGCAAGAACAAGUUAGAUCACAGCAGGUGCUAUUAAAUUCAAAAUUCCUGAGGUUUGAAGACCUGCAGCACCGCAGAGAGCCUGGCGUUGAAAGCUCACCUGUACAAGCUACAAAAGAGACGGCAAAGGCCACAAGCAACCUAGCCCUUGGAACUGGUUUGCCAAUUGAAAAAGAUGAAGAAAUGGCCAUGCGAGACACAACACCCAUGGCACCAACUGCUGGCAGUCUGCGCUCAAGAAGUCCCAUUGAUGUUGCAGACCUCUCAGAAGAACCUGCUACAUUGAUGACUGCAAGUGGACCUGAUGACCUGUCUACUACAGGUAGGCUUAGACUUGCAUGUUUCUAUCAUAAGAAAAUUCUGACACUGAAUGCUUCACAAGUUUUCUCCACCUUUUUUCAGGGAGAGAUUUUUCAUAUUUACAAGAUGGCUCUGUAAGUAUAUACUAGUCACUUAACCUGGGAAGUUCAAGCACCCUACGAAACGAGCACAAUGCUAUGUUCCUUGAACAUAAUGAAUGCAAAUUGUGAAACAGUAAA